AUGAACGCAGUUCCUCCGCCUGUGCCCCCCCCGAAACCGGGCAGCCAUGAAACCAGUCGUAUCGGCACGCCGAUUACAUCCAACUCACCCCGGCCUAGCACCGGUGCCGGGGCUGGUCCCGAUGCAAAUAGUGCCAGUGGAGGUCGGAUUCACCCGGCCUACCAACCCGCCGGUCUUGAGUUUGCCCGACCAGAGCCUGUCCCCGAUCCAGGGGACCAGUGGCUUCCGAGGGUGUUGCAAGACAAGUCAAAGCAAGACCUUGCCGACAUAGCGACAAGCCCAGAACUUCUCAACGCCCUCACCCACGCGCCGAGUACAAUUCACCCCUCUCUCUCCUCCUCACAUCGGGCCCUCCAGUCGGCCUUGGCUGAGAACCUCGAGCUUGCCUCACGACUCGUCGAGCUCGAGUCUCGGUUAGCCCAUCAACGGUCCACAACACAAGCGCAACUCCUCUCCACACAUGCUCUCGAGCGCCAAUGGAGGCAAAAGCAAUCAGAUAUGGACCACGCGCUUGCCCCUUUUUCUCCGGCAUCCAUGUAUCAGCGCUUGGGACAAGGUGUGCACGAACAGGCUUCUGUAUGCCAUGUUCUGGAGGAAAGCUUCAUUGAAGGGGAAGGGGACGGUGCAUAUGCGUCGGAGAGAGAGACGCUGGACUGGAUCAAGAGGUACAGAGAUGCGAAGGUCCUGUACUACCUUAGACAAGAGCGAAAGGAACGAUGGGACGAAGGUCGUGUCGGUGGCUGGAGGUAA